AUGGCUGCUUCGAAGCUCUUGGCUUUCUUACUUCUUGCUUUGGUUUUCACCACCACUGUCUUCUCCGAUGCUGGAAUCGCUAGUGAUGAGCCGGAGAUUGUUGACGCCGCCGGAUCCGAUAAGAUCCAACUGGAUCAGCUUAAUGCCAAGAUCCGUGACCUAGAAUCUCAAAUCGAUGAGAAAAGCCGUGAAGUUGAGGGCAAAGACGAGUUAGUAGCAGAGAAGGAGAAACUGCUCAAAGAAAAGGAAGACAAGAUUGCUUCUUUGCAGACUGAAGUCUCAUCACUGCAAAAAAAGGGAUCAUCGGAUUCUGCAAAACAGUUGGGAAAGGCUCAAGCACGAGUUGACGAAUUAGAGAAGCAGGUUGAGGUUCUCAGGAACUUCUUGGAGCAAAAAAACAAGGAGAAAGAUUCCACAGUAGCUCGGACUAAUGAAGCUGAGAAAAAACUAAGUGAACUAAACUCGAGUCUUGACAAACUUCAGAAGACAAAUGAAGAGCAGAAGAACAAAAUAGGAAAACUUGAACGUGCUAUUAAGAUAGCUGAGGAAGAAAUGUUGAGGACAAAGCUUGAAGCAACCACGAAGCAUAAGGAACUGCUGGAGGCUCAUGGUUCAUGGCUUCCCCCUUGGCUUGCUUCUCACUGGAUUAGUUUUCAGACUUAUACCGAGACACAUUGGGAGGCCCACGGGAAACCUGCUGUGGAGACAGUAAUUCUAAAGGUCACGGAAGUUAAGACUCAAGCUCAGAAGUGGGCUGAACCACAUGUGGAGAACGUUAAAACUAAAUAUAUUCCAGCCGUCAAGGAAACUGUCAGUACACACGUAGAGCCACAUAUCCGAACACUAUCCAUCAAAGCAAAAGAGGCUUACCAUGCAUCCAAGGAUGCUGUUUCCCCACACAUUGACACGGUUCAAGAACUUGUAGACCCCUAUUACCAGGAGGCUAAAAAGUUUAGCAAGCCAUAUGUUGACCAAGUGGCAACGGCCACAAAACCACAUGUUGAUAAAGUCAAGGUUGCCAUGAAACCUUACACAACCAAGGUGAUCAUCGUUUAUACAGAGUUCCUUGAAUCCGCCACGACUUAUCACCAACAGGUUCAAGCCCAUGUUGAACGAAAACUGAAGAACCAUGAGCUGACAGAGGCUUUUGCUACCAAUGAGUUUGUUUGGUUUGCGGCCUCUGCGUUGUUAGCGUUACCCAUCUUCUUUGCAUACAAAGUGCUCUGUACCCUCUUCUGGCAAGUCUCCUAA